GGUUCCGUCGCACUUGAUUAGAUGAACAUCUUAUAAGGCAGUGAUGCAGGCCGGUGUAAUGGGAGCAGAGAGUGAAAUUAUGAUUUUAUGAUAACAGUCCAGCUUCGUUUGGAAGCACUUCAGUUGCAGAAAUGAAGAUCUGGAGCACGGAGCACAUGUUCAGCUACCCUUGGGAGACAGUGAUCAAAGCAGCUAUGAGGAAGUAUCCCAAUCCAAUGAACCCUAGUGUUGUUGGAGUGGAUGUUCUUGAUAGGAACUUGGACACAAGUGGACGUCUUCACAGUCAUCGGCUCCUGAGCACUGAGUGGGGUCUUCCAGGGAUUGUCAAAGCGAUUUUAGGGACAAAUCGAACCAUCACAUAUGUAAAAGAGCAUUCCAUUGUGGACCCAGAAGAAAAGAAAAUGGAGCUUUGCUCAACAAACAUAAGCCUAACGAAUUUAAUAUCUGUGGAUGAAAGGCUUGUCUACAGGCCUCAUCCAGAAAAUCCAGAUGUCACUGUAUUAACCCAAGAAGCGAUUAUCACAGUGAAGGGGGUCAGUCUUAGCAGCUAUCUCGAGGGACUGAUGGCUCUAACAAUGUCAGCCAAUGCAAGAAAGGGAUGGGAUGCCAUUGAGUGGAUCAUCCAAAACUCUGAAAGGGAGAAUCUCCCUCUAUGUGACCUGUGUUGAACAGUGGUAACGUUUCAUGUAGCAUCUGUUUUUGAGACCAUGAAAUAAGACAACAUGAUCAGGAGUGACAUAAGCAGCACCAGCUCUGGAACCUGGAAUGGGCCUGCCUGACUUUACCCCAGCUUUCUUUGUGUUGAUGCUUGUAUGAAGUGUGUCAAGGUAGUCAGAAGUGCUCAUUUAUGCACUGAUGUGAAAAGGAUUUAAAACCUCAUAAUACUGCACUAUUACAGAAGGAACUGUUUAGAGUUUUGAAUGUUGUUUCAAAUUACGAAUGCACUGACUACCUCUUAUUUUAGUGUUCUUUUAAUGUGAUAACAGGGGUCCCAGUAUCAAUUGGAUCUUAAUUUGUAACUGAGCACCUUAAAGUUCAGAAUAAUAGUUGAACUUUUGGUGUGUUCUUAAUCUUUAUUUUGUGAUUUGGAGGUGGUUUUGUCAAAAACAUCUUGACUUUGAUUCUAUCUAAUGUUUCCCUCCAAAUUUUUGUUUCUGAAAGUUAAGGUUUGCAUGAGUUUUAAAAGUGUAAUUAGAUAUAAUGUUUAGUCUAGCUAAAACAUGUAGGAUAGGUACUAUAACUUAUCAAAAGUCUGUUUGUAGUGUUAACUAAGAAAGUUUUUCUUAAACUAAGUUUAUGCUGUUUUAUAAUUUAUUUUGUUGUCAACCCAGUUUUUUUGUUCAUUUAUGAGCAUUUAUGUUUAAAAAAUAACAAAAGUUUAUUUAUUCUAUUAUUCUAAUAAUACAGCUGUGGUUCAGUAUGCAAAGCAUGGUUUAUUGAUUAUUGUGGAAAAGUAUUACAAAAUAUGUUUGUUAAAUUAUGAAUUAUGAAUGGUUUUAUUGUCUUUGAAAGUUCUCAUUAUAUUAAAUUCAGUAUAAGGACUUUAAAGUCUUUGACAAAUGAAAUUAAUUUAUGUAAAUAUGUUGAAAGAUAUUUAAGGCCUUAUAGAGCCCACUAUUGGUGAGAAAAAUAACAUGAGGAAAAAGUAUUUUAAAGGAGCAAUGAGUAACAUUGACAUCAAGCGUUUAAAAUGGGUACUGCAGGGGGGCGGGGGUCGCUGUCCUUUUUUGUAUAUCACUGCCCCCUUCGGCAUAACGCGGCGACGUUUUGUGGCCCAUUCUGUAUAACGCGGCGGUCCAUUUCAGAUUAUUGCGGCCCAUACGGCCCCGUUUCGCGGCCGGCAGAAGUCCCGGUUCUUCCGAAGGCCAGUCAGCACCUGAGCUAAUGUAUACGUUUGCAAUGUUUUUAUUGUUUGCAAAUUAUAAACCAGCUAAUGUGGAUUUUUUAUAACUCUGUCAAUGUUAGCUAGGUGUAUUGCUGGCUUCCAUUGCUGCAGCGCGCUGUGUUUGCCCGCUAACUUGUUUCAAAUCUUGCAACACGUGAUGUCGAAAUACUAUUAGGAAAUGGUCAGUGGGCGGGAUCACACAGGCCAAAACACAAACAGACAUUUCAAAGUAGCAUAUGCUGGCUGUAGCAUUGUUUUCGGAGAAGCCAGUAUUUCAACUUAGCAUGUUUCCUAAAUCUCCGAUAAAAUAUUAUGAUCAUUUUAUGCUUUAGUACAGUAAAUAUAUUACAUAUUGCACCUUUAAGAGAGUUACUUAAAUUAUCCAUUUGAGAAAAAUAAAACCUCACUUGUGCAGACUGGAAACAUCUUGAGUGAUUUAUGUUUAGUUUCAUAACAAAUGAUAAGUCAAGAUAGCAGUCUCUACAUAAAUUAUCUUUUUAACAUGUUGUCAUGAAAUAUUGCUGGUCCAAACCAUUUUUCACACUGAUUUUUUGUUAUUUAUUUUUUGACCUGUUAAUUAUCAGGUGGUUGAAUUUACUGAAUUUGUACCUCAUUUACUACAACAUUAUGAAAUAUAAUUGUUUUAAUUAUUAUAUUCAUUUAAGUUUAAUUUAAUGAAAUUAUCUCCAAUAUCAUGGUUAUUUACAGUUAAUAAAAGCAUAAUAAUAAUAAUAAUAAUACAUUUUUAGUCAUAGGCCAUAAGUGAAAUUACGUGACCUUCUUGUGAAAUACUGUUGCGCUCCUCCACUGGAAAAAACUCGUCAGCAUCUUUCCCCCCCCAUGAUGUAACAUUAACCAAGGUGUAAACAAACUUUAACUUGUUUUGAGGACUUGAUGGCAAGGAAAAACAACAACAACAAAAAACUUGAACUUUUUUGAACUUUUAUAAUUGAGCUGUGUAGCAGUGAUGAGGUUCAAAUAUGGACCCAGACUUUGGCUCUUAUAUUGUUAAGGCAGAAUUAUCUUUAAAAAUGUACAGGAGGCUAUUUGCUGAAUGUUUAUAUAAAAAAUAAAAAUAAGAAAUAAUAACAGCCUUGAAUAUGGCUUCAUUAGUUUUUCCACAGAUACAUUUCCCAUUGAAUAGUGAUGUUUUAAUGCAUAUCUGCUUUUGAAAUGCAAAUCUGCUAAGUAGGCAUCUAACUUUUUUAUUUUAUUUUUUGCAAUAAAGAAUGUUAUAUGGCAAUCUCUGAUUAUUUUUUUUUCACUAGUUAAGCCAC